ACACGGCCGGAAGUAUUUAUCAGAACACACUUUCCUUCCCAGUUAAACCAUCGGAUGUUUCAGUCUGCAUGUCAAGAAUCUGUUAAAAAUAAUAGUUAAUUAAAGAAAAAUGUGUUGUUUCGUCACAUCAGUGUAAGAAGAAGAGAAUCAGCUGCUGAUCUGAGUAUGGAGCUUUCAUCUUUACUUCAUGACCUUAAUCUCUCCCCCUCCUCCUCCCCCCCCCCCCUCCUCCUCCUCCUCCUCCUCCCCCCCCCCCUCCUCCUCCUCCUCCUCCUCCUCAGAGAAGCCCCUCCCCUCUUCCUCCCUUCCUCCAAUCACAAAGCUUCUGUCUCGGCUGCAGGAAAAGCUGAUUGGUGCAUCCUCCGACUCUGAAACGAGCUCCCUGAUUAGUCACAUGGAACGGCUCUUCCAAACAGCAGAUCCCAAUUGGCUGUUCUCAGCCAAUCAGGAUGAGGGGUGGACAGAGCUCCAGGAGGCGUACAGCACUCUGGUCAGCGCUCUGAUUGGCUGCGCAGUUCUGCCGCUCUGUGAGGACGACUGCAGCUCUUUGCCCUCCACAGCCUAUCGGUGCGUCCCAAGCCGAGCUCGACCAGUGUGCUCCUCCCUCACAGCGCUGCUUGGAACACUGGGUAACGGAGACCGACAGACUGAUCUUCUGCUGGCUGUAGCUCCACAUUUGUGUGUGUUCGCUGUCACUCAUUUCCAGGAUCAGCCCUGGACAAGCUCCUCCUCCAGAGCGGCGGCUCAGAGCCUGCAGGAGGCGCUGCUGAGGACAGGGGGCUGGAGGGACUCCCCCCACCUCCUAAUGGGGGACGGGAGUCAGGGGGAGGGGGAGGAGGGCAAGGAAGGCAAGGAGGGAGGGAAGAACAGAGGAAUUCUGGGAGGAAUCCUUGACAUCCUGCAGCCUCAUCUGACCAAGGACUUGUGGCAGCGCUGUGAAGCAGUGAAGCUGGUGUUUGCGUGGACGCUCCUGCAGGUGACUCGUCCCUCUCUCUCCUCUCAUCUGUCCCGCCUCCUUCCCCCCUCCCUUCUCCUCAACGACAACUACAGACCAGAGAACUGCAUGCUGGGAGUUCGCUGUCUGCACCACAUCGUGCUGAACACGCCUGCUGCAGAUCUACGUCAGUUCAACAGAGCAGAAGUUCUCUACCAGGCGUUAUUCAAACAUCUGUACACUACAGAGCCUGCUGUCAUCCAGUCAGUCCUGUCCUGUCUCUUGGACUUGUUGUUGGUUUUGGAGAAGCCCCCGUCCUCUCUCGCCCCCUCCUCAUCUCGCAGGAAGCUGUGUCGCCAUGAUGACGUGCUCCGUCUUGUCCUGACUCACAUGGAGGCGGAGCACAAGGUGGAGCUGCGGCGGGUCUACGCCUCUGCGCUGCCACUGUACAUAGACAGGAUGGGCGUGGUAGUGUGCAGACACCUGCGGCAGGUGGAACAGGUGGUGCUGGGAUACCUGGAGGUCACAGAUCCACCUGAAGAGACGAGUCGACUGAAGAUCCUUGAGGUCCUGCAGAAAACAACCAGAGCCGCCUGGCCAAGGAUGGCAUGUCGUGUUGCCGUGUUGCUGCGUUGCCUGUUAAAGUUGCUGGUUGCUGUUUCUUCUGACUGUAAGCUCAGUGACUCAGUGAGGCAGAAAUUGAUGAAUCAAACGUCUCUCUGUCUCAAACUGCUGGUCGACUCCUGUCACGGAGACCUGCAGCCUCUCCUCCAACAGGUCGACAGCAGCUGUUGCAGCUCUGAGGUGCUUGGCUGCUUAGCGACAAUAACUAGGACGACGAAGAGGUGAUGCAGCACAUCUGCAACAGCUUCCUGAAGACGUAAAUCUUUAAAUCCACAAUUCUUUAGCUUCUAAGGCUGUACAGAAUGUGAAGCUUCUAUUAAGGUUUUUGAAUGAAUCUUCAAAUGUCUGACUUAUGACGUUAUCACUCUAAAAGAAGAAAAAACUUUUCCGUGGUCAUAUAAAUGUGUAAUUAACGAUACUGUGAUAUUGCUGCUAUCUGCACAACACAACACAGUGUGUGUUGCUCCCUCUGUGUGCGAGAGAGCAAGUGACAGCAGUGAAAAUGUUAAUUUAGAAAAUCUAAACGGCAACAAAUAUGGAUGAAGCUGAAUAUUUCUAUUUCGAUUAAAACAUGUAGAUUUUGGAAAUUAUUAAAUUGUUCUUUUUAAAUAAA